AUGCUGUCAAACCACCGACCGGUGAUAGCGGAUGCGUUUUCGUUUCGCAGUCGAGGGCGCGUGGCCGCGAGAACAGGAAUGGCAUCCUCUGCGGAGGAAACCAAAGAGCCAUGCUUGUCCCGUGGACUGACACGAUGGUACAUGGACAUGCGAGGUCUCUCAGCCAGCACCUCGUCUCUUCCACUACUCUUCACUCUCCAGCCGGAUGACCAGGAGGCGGUGAAGAGGUUCUAUCAUCUGGCGGAUAGGCACAUGUCCCUUGCAUCAUGCUUGCUUAAAUAUCUCUUCAUUCAUCGCACAUGUCACGUCCCGUGGAGUAGGAUAGUUAUCAGUCGAACUCCUGCACCCCACAAAAGACCAUGCUAUAUCCCAUUACCCUCCGCGGAUGGCGGUGAGAACAAGCUACCUAUUCUCAAUGUGGAAUUCAAUGUCAGCCAUCAGGCUUCGCUUGUAGCAUUGGCCGGCUAUAUUAUCCCCGGAGGCUCUCCAACCAGUGCUGCCUCCGCUACGAAUACACAAUCCAUACCAUCGCCCACUGAAACGCCUGCCACACCACAAGUCGGCAUCGAUAUAACGUGUACAGACGAACGCGCCAGGCGCGGCAAAAGUUCAAUCCCAACAACUGAAGUAGAUCUAUGCUCCUUCAUAGACAUCUACGCUGAAGUCUUCUCCCCCCGAGAAAUAGAGAUCAUGAAAUCUAACCCGACUUCGCAACAUUCACAAGCUGCUGUGCCUCUUAGCCUUGAGGGAUCGAUUCAAUACCGUCUGCGCCGCUUCUACACUUACUGGGCGCUGAAAGAAGCAUACAUAAAAAUGACUGGCGAAGCACUGCUCGCACCAUGGCUGCGGCAAUUAGAGUUCGUCAACGUCAAUCCGCCGGAGCCGGCGAUGGACGGGGAACGGCCGGCAUGGGGCUCACCUCGGACGGAUGUGCAAGUGUGGAUGUAUGGGCAAAAAGUGGAAAAUGUGAGGAUCGAGACCGUUUCUUUUGGGAAAGAGUAUGUGGUUGCGACGGCGACCAGAGGGCCGGGACUUGGCACUGGUCUCGCCACAUGGGGUGAUUUUAGGUCUAUUGAUAUUGACGCCGACGUUGCUCCGUGUGCUUUGGGUAAAUGCCAAUGCCCCAAAUGA